AAAUCGCUUCCGGGUCGCGGUGGGAGCACUUCCAUCCGUGAUUCUCCCGGCUUCCAGUCUCCGCCGGUGGCAAGCGAGGCUCCGUCGGCGCCGGCAAACGCGGAGAGUGACGGGGGACUGAGAGCGGAAGGCCCGCCUCCGAAUGCCGGAAGCGCCCGGGGAGCCAUGUCCACCCUCUUCCCUUCCCUGUUCCCGCGAGUCACCGAAGCUCUAUGGUUCAACCUGGACCGGCCCUGCGUGGAUGAGAACGAAUUGCAGCAGCAGGAGCAGCAGCACCAGGCCUGGCUGCAGAGCAUAGCUGAGAAAGACAAUAAUUUGGUGCCAAUCGGGAAACCAGCAUCGGAGCAGACUUAUGACGAGGAGGAGGAAGAGGACGAUGAGGACGACGAGGACAGCGAGGAGGACUCCGAAGACGAUGAGGACAUGCAGGACAUGGACGAGAUGAACGACUACAACGAGUCCCCCGACGAUGGGGAGAUUAACGAGGGUCCUCCCACUUUCUCUCUCUCCCCCCAGGUGGACAUGGAAGGGGCCGAACAAGACCAAGAUCAGUGGAUGAUCUAGACAUCGGACAAGCGGCCACUGCUGUGAAUUGCAAUCCAUGUGCACCAACGGGGUUCCUGAGCCUGGCUGCCCUCACCAGACCCACGUGGGUGUCCUGCGCCCGCCAUGACUCUCUGCCAGGGAGGGGGCUCGGAAUGCCAACUGCCCUGCGAGCUGACCUCCUGCGCUGCUCUGCUGACCCGCUGACCAGAGCGAAAGCCUUAAGGGGUGCGCCUGUCUCCCAGCAGGGCCAGGGCUGCGCCCGCUCUCUUUCGGCCAGUUGGUGGGCUUCCUGCUCUUGGUUGAAGCUCUUUUGUAAAUAAAGUAUUUCUUUUUUUUU